CAUGCUCGUUGUGUGUGAAGGCAGCGCUAAACUGUGACAAGGAGACACUUAACAAGAGCACAAAGAGUCAAAUGUUUUUGGAGCCUCUAUUUCUGAUUGUGCCCCAGGAAAAACUACAAACAUCUAAUGUCGAGGAUAAAAAAUGGAUAAUUCCUUGCCAUGUGCAGGCAGUCUUGUGAGAAGCAGAUCUGAGGGGACACUGAUUGAUCUGGAUGAAAAAACUCUGAAUGGGGAAAAUCUGAACGAUGGAAAUGUGCCACAAAAUUCAAGGUAUGACAAGUUAAGACAAAAUCCCUUUUGGAACAAGCUGCCUGGAUCUAAUCCUUUCUUAGCUGACAUUGUACACAAUUCCGAAAGACUCACUUCCAACACAUCACACACAUUCGCAGGGACAGCAAAACAGCUAAAUACAGAAAAUGGGGACACCAUUAGCACAUCCUCAGAUGAAGGCAACAUGGAGAAGUUUCUGGAAAAGAAAAACAAAGCCAACAACAAAUCCGGGAGAUGGAAGAGUACCACAGACAUUCUGGAUAAUUUUGAGAGGAAAGUACCAAAGAGGGGUGAUAGCUUCAAACCGUCAAAGCCAGUUCUAAAUCCUGACUUUGAGUGGCUAAAAAAUGAUAGAGAAGCCUAUAAAAUGGCUUGGCUGAGCCACAGGCAGUUAACUCGCUCUUGCCUGGACCUAAAUGUGAUUAGCCAGAGUCCUGGAUGGGCUCAGACUCAGGCAACAAACUUUCAGGUCAUCUGUAAACUUGGCCAUGAUGGAGGCACAGUCUACCUGCCAGACUCAGACAUAAGUAUUCAUGUCCCAGAGGGCCAUGUCCCUUUUGGCGAAGUUCAGGAAGUAACACUGAAGGCAAUGCUGGACCCUCCACCAGGACUCAACAACAACUACACCACCACUAUAAGUCCACUUGUGGAAGUAGUCCUGAGCAACAUCAACACAAAAGGUUUAAUAUCUUUGAGGAUAAAGCUUUCUGGAGAGGUGCGGAGUGACCCAUUAAGUCAGGAACUGACCACAGUGGUCGGACUCUUGUCUUGCAAACGAGAAGGACCCUAUGAUGAAGUAAAUGACUGUGACAUUUUAAAUAACAUGAUGCACAUGCAGCUCCAACAGCUGAAGACACAUUUUUAUGUGAUAGCAGUUGCAAAGGCCUCAGCCAUCGAGUCCCCAGAAAUGUCAGUCUGGGAUUACCUCCAUCGCCAAACCACUAUUGCUGUUUAUGGCCCCAGGUACAUCCAUCCAUCUUUUAAGGUUGUAUUAGUUGUGUGCUGUCAUGAGGACGUACCACCAAAGCUUCCCUUUUCAGAUAUUUGUCGAGGAAACAAACAACUGCCUCCGCUAGUGCUACAGCUCUGGGGAACACAUCACCUUAGGAGUGACAACCUGCAAGACCUGUUUGUUACCACAAGUAUCAACGGCUCCACGUUUAAAAUAAGACAUGAAGACAAGGUGAAAGAAGUGAGGCAGAGCCAGCUCAAGAUAGGGACUGUGCUGCAUUUACCGGUGGCCUUAUCUUGCACUGUCUGCAAAGACAUGACUCCUUUUCAGUUAGACCUACAAGUAACUGAAUCAAACUCUUCAAUCAUUGCAUGUUUUCAGGUCCCUUCCCCUCCAGCCGCACCAGUUCGAUGUGAAAGGCGCAUGAUAAAUCAGACAAGUAGAAAACUAGUUGAGAUGUCAAAAACAUGCUCUAUUCCUGAGGAACGGGUACCAGAUUUCCCCAUAUUUAAGGAUGGGCCUGUAAUCCUAAAAUGGUAUGGAGUAGCAAUAAAAUCAGUUCUCCGUCAGCAACGUGUGGACUACCUAUUGGAGUACUUCAAGGGAGACACAGUAGCUCUCCUAUCAAAAGCGACUGUUAAAUCGGUGGGGAAUUCAAAGGUAAAGCAGUGGUACAUUGGAUUCCUCAGGGGCAGGACUGGUUUGGUUCAUUGCAAAAAUGUCAAGCUCAUCACAGCGGAUCAGGUGAUUGACUUCACUGGUAUUCACGUGACUACAGAGGUGCUCCUGGACAAUAUGACACUGCCCUUCAAGAAGCUUACAUACAUGUACUCGGCCAUCCAGACACUAGUUACAGAGCACGUAACUAACUGGAGAGGUUUUGCAGAUGCUUUAGGGUAUUACAAUUUGUCGCUGGACAUCAUCACUCGCAGAGUUGCUGAAACAGAAACUGAUAAGGUGGCCUGUGUGCUGGAAAAGCUGAAGGAAGACUGCCACGCUGAGAACAGUGGGAAGAAAUUCCUUCACGAACUCAUGGUUGGUCUGUUAAAGAUGGACAACAUGAAUCUUGUGACCCAACUGAUUCAGAAUACAGUAAUCCUGUCCACUGCUGUGGAGCUGGGGGGUCGAUGGCGGGAGCUCGCUGACAAAAUGGGGAAACUAACCAGUGCUCAAAUUGCUGUGUAUGAGGCACCACACAGAGAAAAGGAUGGUCAAGUUGGGCUUCAGUUAAUGUGGAAACCAGCUUACGACUUCCUGUUCACCUGGAGUCAGCGUUACGGAAACAGUUACAGAGACAUGAUUCAAGACCUCCACCUGGUCCUAGAUAAGAUGAAGAACCCUGCCACCAGACAGUGGAGACAGCUUACCGGUGCCCUUAUAACAGUCAACUGCCUCGAUAUCUACCGGGCCGCCGCAUACCCAAAGAACUAAGCACUUUGCAAUCAAUGCAUUGCAAUAUUACCCCUGCCCUUACACUUCUUCUGUUUGUUAAUUCCAUGUCUUUGUCCUUUAACUACAGCUGGAAAACAGCUGGAAAAGGCCAAAUGAGUUAGCAACACAGCACGGCACUGAAAACAAUAACCCCAUCCAUCUUUGUUGACAUUCAUAAUAUAAUUAUGGUUACACAAUGUAUAGUUUUUUGUUUGUUUUGUUUUCUAGCACUUUUAGCUUACAGACUAAAUGUUCCUUUUGAAUAGAGGUGAUAGAACUAUUAAAGAUGUUUGCAUCAGUUGACCUGAAACACACAACAUCUGGGUUGAGACACCAAAAAAUGUGAAUCCAAGAAAUAUAUAAUUGUGAAUUAUUUACCUGCAUUAAAUAUUAUGAUUUAUAUGUGUUUCCCUAGUGCUCUUCCGAAGCAAAUAAUGUACUUAAUAUUUUGUAUUUUAAUGUAUUUUAUAAGUCACUAUUACUUCCUACACAAUACAAUGGGGCAAAUAAGUAUUUAGUCAACUGUGCAAUUGUGCAAGUUCUCCCACUUGAAAAUAUUA